AUGAAUCUUAACCUCACUGUGAGUCAGGUGGGGGAGCUGAGGAGGGAGAGAGAGGAGAGGAGGGUUUCUUUCUCUGCCGCACUGCUGGCAUCUGGUGGUGGAAAUACAGGACCUUCUUCAGUAGCAACUCCCCUGGUCUACAGACACAUCUUCACUAACGUAGGAAAUGCCUACAACCCAAACACAGGUGUUUUCACAGCUCCAGUCAGAGGGGUCUACAACUUUGUUUUGUUUGUAUUGGGUGCUGGUCAUGCAUCUAUACCUACAGGAGUUACUCUUCAUAAAAAUGGAGAGCAUGUUGUCAUUGCCUGGAGUAAUCAGCCAAGUCGUUAUGAUGCAACAUCUAAUGGAGCCUCUCUGCUGCUGGAGGUGGGAGAUGUGGUCUAUGUGAAGUUGUGGCCCAACAGUUGGGUGCAUGAUGAUCACAACCACCACACCACCUUCUCUGGCCACCUGCUCUUCCCCAUGUGAGGAGUCAGUCCAGAGUGGAAUCACAUCAGGAAUGUAAUGUUCAAUAAGAUCCACAUCACCUGCACUCACAGAAAGGUCGGCAUUUAGAGCAUUGAGCAGUUACAUUUUAAUGUUGUUUUUGAGUUACGGCUUUGGUAAUUCUAGCAAAACAUAAGUGUGUGUGAUCCUUCUGAGAUUUUAAUAUACUUAGUAGAGGAACA